AUGUGUCCCCAUGGACUCAAUUCUGUGGCAAUCAAGGCCAUUGAUCUUGAUCAAUCUCGGGCCGAUCUUGAAAAUGUUCGACGUGAAACCAAGACCAUGCCUCCUCUCUCUCAUCUCCCUCCUUCUAAACAUUGGCUGAAGAAUAACCAAGCGCUGUACGCUUCUGUCUUCUUUUCGAGUGGGGAUGAUGAUCAUGGUGUUACUCAGAGUGUGGAAUAUGAGGAAGAAAGAGAGAAAAUCAAGAGGAAGUAUGAGUUGUUUAAAGAGCGCGUUCAUAGAGAAGAAGAAAAAGCAGUGAUCAAAGAAACAAGCAGUCCCAAGGCUAAAAAUCAUCCUUCUAUAGUUGAGGUGGUACAUGAUAGUUCAGAUGACGUGGUGGGUUCUGACCAAGUUCAGAUGCCUCUUCUUGUGUACGUCUCUCGUGAGAAAAAGCCACCUCAUCCACACCAUUUCAAAGCUGGAGCACUUAAUGUUCUUCUAAGGGUUUCCAGCAUUCUCAGCAACUCCUCUUACAUACUAAUACUAGAUUGUGACAUGUACUGCAAUGAUUCAACAUCUGCUAGGCAAGCAAUGUGUUUCCACCUUGAUCCAAAAAUCUCACCGUCCCUGGCUUUUGUUCAAUUCCCUCAAAAAUUCCACAAUAUCAGUAAGACUGACAUCUAUGAUAGCCAGCUCAGGAUUACAUUCAUGACAAGGUGGCCAGGUAUCGAUGGAAUUCAGGGACCGAUGUUGUCCGGUACUGGCUAUUACAUGAAGAGAGAAGCAUUAUAUGGGAAAUUUUUGCAGAAGGAUCUAUUUGGUCUCAAACAAGCUUUUGGUCCUUCAAAUGAACUCAUCAUGUCACUUCAGCAUAACAAACAACAUAACAUCAUUGACAGAGGGACCUCGUCGAGCAUACUACAAGAGGAAGCCCAAUUUUUAGCCUCUUGCACCUAUGAAAAAGAGACUCUAUGGGGUAAACAGAUAGGAUUCUUGUACAACUCUAUGUUAGAAGAUUACUUUACCGGAUUCAUCUUGCAUUGCAAAGGGUGGAAUUCUGUUUUCUGUAAUCCAUCUCGGCCAGCAUUCUUAGGCACUGCUACCACAAAGUUGAAUGACACAUUAGUUCAGGGUACAAGAUGGAAUUGCGGUUUGCUUGAAGUUACCUUCUCAAAGUUCUGCCCUCUUGUUUAUGGGCUAUCAAGAAUGUCUGUGCUUCAAACCAUGUGUUAUGCCUACUACUCACUCCAGCCCCUCUAUUCAUUGCCCUUGUGGUGUUUUGCUACUCUGCCCCAGCUAUGUCUCUUGAAUGGCAUUCCACUAUACCCCAAGGCUUCAAGUCCACGGUUUAUGAUCCUUACAUCUGUCUUCAUAUUUUCCCAACUGAAAAAUGUAGAGGAGGUUCUGCUCACAGGAGGUUCAGUUCUGGCGUGGUGGAAUGAACAGCGGAUGUGGAUGAUAAAAUCAGUCACUGCAUAUACCUAUGGAACUUUCGAUGCUAUCUUGAAAUGUUUAGGCAUGAGACAACCAAAUUUCUUACCUACCAAUAAAGUUUCUGAUAAUGAUGAAGUCACUCUAUACCAAUUGGGUAAAUUCAACUUCCAAACCUCAACCAACUUGCUUGCUCCUAUAGUUACUUUGGUCGUAUUGAACAUCAUCGCUUUUGCCGGAGGAUUUGCCAGAAUGAUAAUUUCAGGGAGUUGGAAUGAGCUGCUGGGUCAAGUUUUCCUCUCAUUUUACAUCUUAUGGGUGAAUUACCCUAUAAUUGAAGGGGUGAUGUUGAGGAAGGAUAAAGGGCGAGUUCCUCCUUCUGUUGGCCUAUUAUCUCUUGUUCUCUCCAUCAUUUUUUUGAGCUUGGGUUCCAUGGUUCUCAGGUUUCAAGCUGGAAUUCCAGGCAUCUAUAACCGUAAUACUAAUUCAUAAAGAGAGAUUCAGAAUAUGUGGCAUUGAAUUUGCAUUUUGCACCCAUGUCUCCUUUAAUCUUAGCCGCAGGGCUUGGUGACUAAUAGUCUUGUUCAGGUGCCCCGUUUCACCAUUCAGGAUUGAAUUGAAACACUCUAGUACUUACGAGCUUGCGAGAAAAAAGUUGCAUGAUUCUAUUCUUUGGCUUAUUUCUUCUGUAUCAUUCGUACCCGCUGUGCUUGGAAACAUAACAGGGUUCAUAUCAUGUGACAAAAUAAAAUCACAUUUGGGCAAGACGAGUACAAUGUCUGGCCCUGUGGAAACUGGAAAGCUAAUACAUCCAGAUAACUGCCAUUUCAAUAGUCAAUUUUCCUUGUACAACUUCACGGGCUGCUAUAUAUGUAACUAUAUAACGAGAAUAAAUUACU